AUGCCAGCUUCAUCAUCGCAGGUCCCACGCGACUCUCCGGCCAGAAGGCAGCGUAGACGGAGAACUCACCAACGGACCGACAGCAACGGGGAGCUUCUUGGAAACUAUGACGAAGAUGCGAUUCCGGCCAGCCCGGGCAGAGCACGAAGAAGUCACCACGAACGACGCAGCUCGAGAACUCCAAGAUCUGAGCAAACACGUACUUCCAGCACUGCGCUUUCUUCGGAACAACUCGCACGGCUGGACAGAUUGAAUCAGAAUCAGGGCUGGUCCGAGUACGAACGRGUGCCGCAGCCGCGACGCGUAGACCGUGAGGAUGAGAUUCGGGCAGAGCGGGCGCGGGCAGAGCGCGAUGAAAAAGACAGAGAGGAGCGGAGGGAGCGAGAAAGACAGCGACGGAGGGAUGAGCGCAGGCGACGGCGGCGGGAGGAGGCAGAGGCUGAAGCCUCAUUGGACGAGCAGGAGCGGGAGGAAUUGGCUUAUGAGCCUCGCAGGACCAAACGAAGAUCAGAACGGAGAUCGCAGCGGCCGGAGCGACGAGUCAUAAGCGGUCAGACACUGGAGCGAGGAGCAGGACGGUACUACAGCGACAAGGAGGAGUUCCGGGAUGAUGUACGCGAAGGCACCAGCAGUAGUGCAGUCAGCGCAGAAGAAGGCGAACGAAAAAGGAAACGGAAACGGAACAUCUUGAUAGGCGUGGCCAUCAUCAUAAUAGCGCUCGCCAUAAUCAUUCCCGUCGCCGUGGUCGUGUCGAAGAAGAGUGGGAGCAGUUCGACCGAGAAGACUGGAGGAACWAGCACGGGCGGAUCGUCGAAACCAUCUAACAGCAAUCUCGACAGCAUCUCAAAGGAUGACAUCCCUCAAGCGGCCCAGGGAACAGUACUGGACCCUUUUACGUGGUACGAUACCUUGGAUUUCAACUUGACCUACACCGAUGCCACAGUAGGUGGMUUGAGCGUCAUGGGCCUCAACAGCACGUGGGACGACAGCAAGCGUGCUAACAAUAACGUACCGCCUCUUAACAAGCCCUUCGAGUAUGGCAAAAUGCCUAUCAGAGGUGUGAAUGUAGGCGGUUGGCUGAGCCUUGAACCAUUCAUCACGCCAUCGUUCUUCUCCAGGUUCACCACCAGCGACGGUGUAAUCGAUGAAUGGACAUUGACUGAGAGGCUGGGCGGACAAGCGAAAAGCACGAUCGAGACCCACUACUCGAGCUGGGUGCAAGAGUCCACUUUCGCCGACAUCCAAGCUGCAGGCUUUGAUCAUGUCCGCAUUCCGUUCAGCUACUGGGCAGUCACUACCUACGAUGGCGACCCGUACGUUGCGCAGGUUUCUUGGCGAUACAUGCUUCGAGGCAUCGAAUGGGCUCGCAAAUAUGGCCUGCGCAUCAAUCUCGACCUUCAUGGUGCUCCAGGCUCCCAGAACGGCUGGAAUCACUCUGGGCGGCAAGGCAUCAUUCGCUGGCUCAAUGGAACAGAUGGCACGUUGAAUGGCGAUCGUACUAUUGAUAUCCACAAGCAGCUCUCAGCGUUCUUCACGCAGCCGCGUUACAAGAACAUUGUCACCAUGUAUGGUCUCGUGAACGAGCCGCGCAUGGUCAAGUUGGAGGAGAGCACUGUCAUCGCAUGGACGAAGGCAGCCGCCGAGGCUGUUCGUGGAAACAACUUCACAGGAAUCAUUGUCUUUGGAGAUGGAUUCAUGGGUCUCGACAACUGGCAGGGAGAGCUACAGGGCAUCGACGACUUGCUACUCGAUGUGCAUCAAUAUGUCAUCUUCAAUGUGGACCAGAUCGUACUCAACCACCAAGACAAAAUCAAUUUUGCAUGUGGCGGCUGGACAGCACAGGCACUUCGGUCCCAGAAUACCGCUACUGGAUUCGGUCCCACACUGUGUGGUGAAUGGUCGCAAGCWGACACAGAUUGUGCCCCGAAUCUGAAUAACGUUGGAGUCGGAUCGCGAUGGGAAGGCACGCUCAACAUGGUUUCCACGCCUGGAGGCGGCGUCGAUGGCAGCAUACUGAAUCCAACGUGUCCCACAAAGAACAGCCCACGAUGCUCGUGCGAUGGCGCAAAUGCCAGUCCUAGCGAGUGGUCGGAUGGAUACAAACAAUGGCUCCUCAUGUUCGCUGAAGCUCAGAUGCAUUCUUUUGAGCAGGGCUGGGGCUGGUUCUACUGGACCUGGCAGACCGAGAGUGCGCCACAGUGGAGUUAUAAGACUUCUUUGGCCGCUGGGACAAUGCCAAAGUUGGCUUAUGAGAGAAGUUUCAAUUGCAGUUCUGAUAUCCCCGACUUCUCGGAUUUGCCGGAGUACUAUUAG